UAAUAUAAAAUUACUUUUUAAUAUUAAAAACAUUAAUAACCUUCAGCCUUCAGGUUCUUAAGAAAAGUGUUAAAUAUAGGAACUUUCUAAUUAUUAAUCCGAGGAAUUCAUUCAAGAUUUAUGCAAUUAGAAAAUAAACACUGUUAAAAUUAUGCUAGGAAAAAUGGAAAGAAAGCCAUCGAUAAGAAUGAGAAAAAAGAAACCGACCAGACAGGCUUCAAGACUCGCGACGAUGUACGACGAUGAAGUUGAUGUCGUAGACGCCGAUGAAGUGCAGAGUAACUCUGGCAACUCUCCCAAAAGCCCAAAAAACUACCCUCCGAGCAGGAUGGAAAUGCAUGCCGAAAUGCGGCCUAAAAACGAACGUCCUCAAUCAGCUAACAAGCUGGAUCACAUACAAGCAAGACUUCACUAUAAUCGAUCGACACCAAAUGUGAGGCUCAAUCCUACAAACAGUCCCUAUGCCAGGGAAAUGGGAAAUACGGCCGAAAGCUCAGAAGGGUCUGAAAAUUCUGAUGAUGAUGAUGAUGAAGAUGUUCAGGCUGCAGUUCUAGAAGGGGCGUAUGAUCCAAAAGAAUAUGAACACUUGCCCGUUUCAAGCGAUAUCAAAGAACUUUUUGAGUAUAUAACUUAUUACACGCCACAAGUCAUGGACAUGGAUUACAAACUACAGCAAUUUGUCCCUGAGUAUAUUCCAGCCGUAGGCGACAUCGACGCAUUCAUAAAAGUAGCUAGGCCAGACGGGAUUGAUGACCAGAUCGGUCUGUUAGUGCUCGACGAACCCAGUUCUGUCCAGAGCGAGCCGGCUGUGAUGCACCUGAAACUAAGAGCUUCAACAAAACAAAGCUCAGCCAAAACUAUUGUUGUCAAAAAAUUACAAAAUGCUGACAAGAACCCAAAAGCAAUCGAAAAGUGGAUUCAGGACAUAAGUGAAUUACAUAAAUCUAAGCCUGCCCCAACAAUCCAAUAUUCAAGGCCAAUGCCUGACAUUGACAGUUUGAUGCAAGAAUGGCCUCCAGAUUUUGAGCAGAAACUAAACGAAGUCGGUCUCCCUCUUGAAGAAUUAGAAGUUGAUCUUCUUACAUAUGUCGAUAUAAUACUCGCUCUUUUUGACAUACCUCGCUAUGAGUCAAGAAUUGAAUCCCUUCAUGUACUAUUUUCUCUUUAUUCGGCUGUUAAGAAUUACAAAAACAAUAAUGACAGCCUCACAAAUGAUGAAAAUGAUUAAAAUAAAUAGAAAUAAAUUGAAUGUAUUUAUUUUUAAAGUUACACUAUGAUUAAUAAUUUAUAUAACGAAAAUAAAAUAAUGAUACCAACUGUGUAUAUUUAUCUUACGACAAAGCUGAAAUGUUCAUGUCCUUUUCUUUGACAAUGGCCAUCCUGUCAUCAUGUCCUAACACACAGCCACUUCUCACAUAACAGUGAAAUAUAUAUUUUAAAAAGU